ACCGGACGAGGAGGGAUUAAUCUAUUAGCAUUUUGCGGGGUGGGGUUAAAGGGAAGGGAAGGGAAGUACGAUUUUGUGAUUGACACCAAUAUUGAUAACUUAUAUUUUUCUGACCCUGCCCCCUCCGCAUCUAUUAUUGUGAAGAGUCUGAUGAUCGUAAUCGUUAUCCAGUUCCUGAACCUCUGGAUCCAGAGCGAGUAACAGAGGUAGUUGGUUUAUGAGGGGUCCAGCAGCCGAUCUGGCAUUAGCAGCACCAGUAGCACGAGUAGCGUAUCCAGUAGCAAAAGCAGUUUGGGACCAUAACUAG